UAGGCGUAAAAGUGGUUAACAGCUCUCUCUCAGAUUACAAUUGUUUAAAAAUAGUUAAAAGUUGAAUAGUUACCUUUAUAUAGUGUGAUCUAACUCAAAGGGCACUAAUUUAAACCCCCUAUCGUUUGCAUCACUUUAUAUGCUGUGAUUACCACUACACUGCACCUGUCACCGGCUCUCAUCACUUCUUAUCAACUACACCAACAUGUCCACCUUGGCUGAUGUACACCAGUUGCAGACAUCACUGGAAGAAUCUUUACACAAGCGCAUGAGUGAGUUUGAAGCACAGUUUAAGCAAUCGGCAUCGGAGCCGACUACACUCGGACAGCUAUAUUCCGAGUUCAGGGCUUUCAAGGAGAGUGUUGUCGGAAUUGUGCAGCUCCUGCGCUCACAGAUUGCGGAGCUUUCGCGUGCCACGGAUGCUCUGGAGAUGCGCCAUCGCAGGAAAAAUCUUCUAUUUGGUGGAAUCCCCGAGGACACGAAGGAGGAUGCCCCUGCGGUCAUUUGUGAUAUACUGAGGUCCCGCUUUAACAUGCCUGAUGUGACCAAAUCAGUAUUGAAGGCAUGCCAUCGACUAGGAUCCAACAGAGAAGGCAGGCCACGUCCAAUUCUGGUGCGGUUCGCUGAUCACACUACAAAAUCCGCAGUUUGGAAGAAGAAGACUGCGCUAAAAGGUACUCCCACUGUCAUCUCGGAGUUCCUCACGCGCAGUCGACAGACUCUAUUCUUGGAGGCACGCAGAAGAUACGGCAUGACGAACGUCUGGACACUAGACGGCAACAUUUAUGCAAAGUUGGCCGACGGGAAGCGCUGCCUUAUUACAUCCCUAGGCGAUCUGGACCCGACAGCCAACGUUAAUCAUCCUGUGCCUGCAGCUAGGGAAGGUUCGUCGGCGCCGGCAGCUAGAUCCGCAUCCUCGACAUCAACUUCGAGCUCUUCCACUAAAAUCAUUGGAACUCGUAGGCAGGCCGCAAGGAAGUGACGUAGUGCUAGUUUUACUUAUUCGUGUCCCAUGUCACGUCCUUAUUUUUGUUACAAUUAGUUGAAAUCCACGAAGGUAACGUUGAAAUAACUUUUUUUGAUUGUUUUGAAUAUAAUAGUGCUGGUUUAACCUCAAUUUCACGAUGACACUCUAAUUGUCAAUGU